AACUUUAUUUUGUAGCAAAACCAGGAAGAUUUUGUGGAAGGGACUGUAAUGUAGAGCAGAACCCCUUUUGCCUAUAUCCCACCGAUAGCUCUCUGUCUCAAACAGUGACCUGCUGUGCACCUGGUUCCUAGCGUUGUCUGAACCUGAGAGAGGAGGAGAUGCCUUGUUUGGUCUUGAAUGCUGCCGGUGUACCUGUUCUAGGGAGAUAGCACUUGCCCCCCACCUGGAGUCCUCCUGAGAUACAGGUGGUGAUGCACAAGGCAUGCGGAUCAUUCCUUCUCCUGCAACAGCCUUUCUUUUCGAAAGAAUUCACUCUGUGAAGUGAAUCUGCUCAGAAGAUGGCUAGGCAGGCUGGAUUUCAGCAUUUCCUGCCCAUAGUUACUGAAAAGGAAAUGUUCAGCUGUUUGAUUUGGAUGUUCGUCCUGUUCUGCAGCUCUAUAGCAGAUGAAAACUCUAUCAGAGAUGCUGACAUUUUUCCUUCGUCCCCUGAAAUUGAAAGAGGAUCCACCCUGCAAAUGUUUUGUGUUCUUGGAAAACACUACACACCUCACAGAAAUGCAAGCCACAUCAUCUGGAAAUUGAAUCAUGAAUUGAUUGCUCAGGAAAACUAUAACAUUGUGAACGAGACCGUAUCUAGUAUAACCAUCCGUAAUUUCACUUACAGCAAAGCUCAUGUGAAAUGUUUCACUAAGUAUUUGGGCAAGGAACAACUUCUGGUUCACACUGAAGUUAAAUCUGGCUUUCCACCAGACACACCAAGAAAUAUUUCCUGCAUUUAUUCCUUUGAUGCUGAACUUACCUGCACCUGGACUUCAGGAAGAGAAACAAAUCUUACAACAAACUAUACUCUUUACCGAAAAGUGAUGACAGAAGGAGGGGUGGCUAAUCGCUCCUGCCAAAACAAAACGGAGUCAUGUUCAUUUUAUUACCCGGAUGCUCCAUACAUUAGUUCUUUUUGUUUUCAGGUGAAAGCUGAAAAUGUUUUGGGUGAAGCCUCAUCAGAUUGUGUUCCUAUACCUUUGGAAAAAAUAGAGAAAUAUGAACCUCCUGAAAUACUUUCAGUUAAAAAAAUCACUGGUAUAAAGCAGUUGCUUACAGUAACCUGGAAAAUGCCUGAGAAUGUUAUCCCUUCACAAAAUUUCACUUGCGAGGUGCAGUACCGAAAUUUGUAUUCAAACUCUUCGGAAUUUGUCACUGUCCCACUGAAUUUUGCAGAGAAAACAGGUUCAUGUAAUCUCACAGGUCUGUGGGACUCCACAGAAUAUUCAGUCGCCAUUCGGUGUAGGAGUUUUGAGUCAGUAAUCUGGAGUGAAUGGAGUAGAGAGAUAACAGCAAGCACAGAAGAGAAAGCUCCUUCAGAAAAAGUGGAUUUGUGGAGGGUAAUUGAGUCUUCACACUCAACUGGAAGUAGAUCUGUACAUCUUAUGUGGAAGCCAUUAAACAGCUUUCCACCUUCUGGGAGAAUUCUAGGCUACAAAAUACAGUAUUUUCCAGAAAACAAUGCUACAGUUAAAAUGACAAACAUCUCUACUGAUACGAAAAUUAUUUUACUUUUAAAUGAAGAGGCAUAUAUAACAUCUGUUGCUGCCUAUAACUAUGCUGGAGAUUCUCCUGAAGCUAUUUUGAGGAUUCCAUCCACUGGUGAAAAAACUUCUCAGAUUAUUGAAACUGUGAGGACCUUUACAACAAAUGAAGAAGUGGUUGUGGAAUGGAUAGCCUCUGAACCAGAAGUAAACAAAUAUGUAGUUGAGUGGUAUGAGGAAUUGGAGACAGAUCCUUUUGGUAGAUCAUGGCAAUACGUAUCAAAUUCUACAAACUGGAAAACUAACAAAAAAAACUUUAAGCCAUUUAUAUGCUAUAACAUCUCGGUGUAUCCUCUCUAUGGAAAUAAAGUAGGAGCUCCAUAUUCAAUACAAACGUACAUUCAAGAAAAAAAGCCGUCAGAAGGACCUGUGGCUGACACAGGCAUUCCGGGGAAAAAUGAAGUUACAAUAAAAUGGAAGGAGAUUUCGAAGGAUAAAAGAAAUGGAUUUAUCAGUAACUAUACAAUAUUUUAUAAACCUGAAGAUGGAAAAGAAUUGAAUGAAACAGUGAACUCUGAUGUUCUGCAAUACAGACUGAAGUCCUUACAGGCUAAUACGCAAUAUACUGUCUAUAUCAUGGCAAGCAAUGGAGCUGGUGGAACCAAUGGAGAGCCAAAAACCUUCAAGACUUUGAAAUUCAAUAAAGAAGAUGUUAUUUUCAUUGCUGUACCCGUUGGAUUAAGCAUGGUGUUUCUGUUAGUUCUUUGGAUAACGUGCAUUUUGAAAAAACACACGUUUAAAAAGGUUUGUUGGCCUGAUAUACCCAAUCCUGCGGAGAGCAUUGCAGUGGAAUGGCCUCUUGAUGCAUCUAUGAGUAAUUCAUUUCUGAAGGGAGUGACAUCUGAAGCUAAAACCAUAGACUUUGAAGAUGUAAGUGUUUUGGAACAUUGUUUUCCAGAAGAAAGUCAGGAAGGAUCACUACUAACGAAUUGUGAAAACCAUAUUUCUGAGUGUCCUGAUACUAAUACAAAAGGCAUGAUUAAUGGAGAUAAAAAGAUACUCUGUAAUGAAGAAGAUGAAGUUGCUAAAUGUUUUGCACCAUCCAUGCCUUAUGUAAUUACUGAUCAAGAUAUCAGAAGUCAAAUGCAUUCAGCUUUGGUACCAGCGAAGGAAAUCCAACCCACAGAAGUGCUGGCAGGUGAUUUAUGUGAAUCCCAGCAGAUUUCAACUAAAAAUGAAGAAAAUGGUAAUGAAGAAGUUUUAAAGCUGGAAGACUUCAGUGAAAAAGCAUUGUUCAAUCCAUACCUUAAAAAUUCUGUUAAAACAAGGGAGUUCCUUAUUUCUGAGAACUUGCCAGAACACAGGAAGAACGAACCCAAAAGCCAGUCAAUGGUCUUACCUCCUUUUCAACAAAAUGUCGCAGGACAAUCCUAUGUAACAGUGGACAUGUUUGGGCUGGCCACAGCUCAUUAGCAUGAGAAAACUUACCUUUGUAAAGUCCCCGUGUGAGAUGUAUCUUGGCACUGCAGCUCGUGUGUGUUCCUAUGUUCUAACCUGGCUGAUCUCGGCUGAUUCGGAUGAAAGCACUGCCUUCCUUUGAACAGCUGUGAAGUCGGUUUUUUGCACUGUGUUUAUACCUGUCAGGGUUCACUUUCACUGUGGGGUGGGGUUUUUGGUUUUUUGUUUCUUUGGUUUUGUUUUUUUACCAGACAGAUGAGCCAGCAGUGAGGCAAAGGACGUAGCUUUUCUUAUUCUUCUUAGUUCUCCCACACCAGUCUGCUAAAACAAACUGAUCUUCGCUGCAGGAGCAUCCAGCAGUGCAAGCAGCUCACCGAUUUCCCCCCGGGCAACCAGUUCCCGUGGCUGAGCUGCGCUGGGGAAACGCGGACUGACUUGAACGGAGCCAGGAUCUGUCGAAUCCUUCCUUAAGUUUCGUGGAGUAGAACUACUUUCCUGUUCUUAUUUCCGCCAAUUGUUUUAUAUCUGGUUUUAAGUAUAGUGCUCCUCCUGUUCUGCAAAUACUUUGUAGAUUUCAGUAAUUGCCUUUUUGCAUCCCGACUCUUGAAUCAGUGGUUUGGCUCAUAGUUUCUCUGUUUUUAAUGAGAGGGUAUUUGCUAAGUAUAUGCUAUUGACCUAUCAGCAGUUUCGAAAAGGCAGGGUUAUGCUGGCUUUGUUGCUUCCUUCCCUUUCUCUUGUGUUUUUAAUCAUCCUCUGCCUUUUGUGCUGCUUUUUUCUCUCCUGUUUAUUUGCUGCUUUUUAAAUCUCUGUUUACUGCAGUGUAUCUUCCUAUCUUCUUGUUCCUUUGCCUCUAAUUUCUCCCAGUUUAAGCUGUGUUUCCCAGUUGAGGUUAUGAUAUUUUGAAAUGAAAAAGAAAUUCAGCUAAAUACAGCAUCUUGUGUUGGAAUAAGCACUGAGUUUAUAUUUAGGAAAUUAUUUUUCUGGGAGGUAUUGAAAAAACACUAAGUCUACAAAAUAUCCCCAGAUAUCUUCUGGUAAAUAAUUUAGGGUUAGAGAUUUCGACAUGAAGGCUGUAACUUUUGUCAUUUGUUUUAUGAUUUUGGUAAGUCAUAAACUACUUGUAGUUUCCAUUUUAUACAGCAGCAAUUAAGCAGGAAACUCUCCAUCAUCGUGCUAUUUUUUUUUCCAGCAGGGAAGAGGCUAUUACUGUAAAAUCCUUACUGAAGUAUUUACUCUGUGAAAUGACAGGAGAGUCAACUCUUAAGUAAAAUGUGUUAAAAGGGGAUGUUCAGUAUGACACGCGUGGCAUAUAGUCAUUUUAAGACUUUAUUUUCACAGUAUUUAAAGGCUUGAUGUCAUCAGUCUUGCUUGCACAUAACUACAGACUUCUUUAGGGGUGAAGAAGAUACAGGAGUCAUGGGGAUAAAAAAAGGAGAGACAAAUGUGAAUAGGAAUAGAAAGCCUUGCCUUUCUGCGCAGGAAGAGGAGUGGGAGAAUGGAAAAUACAUUGUCCAGGAUGAGUGACGAGGCUGAGCGUUACCCUGGAUAAUAUUGGCUAUCACAUUGUGUUGGGGCAGACGCGGUGAAGUUUGCAUUUCGGCUUUUCAUCUAUAGCUUGGAAGUUGCUUUCACUUACAGCGAUGUCUGUUUACUUUCCGAGAAAAGCUGAGGAAACAAUUUCUGCAAACGUUCCUUGUACAGCAACACUGAUUUCCACCCCCCGUCCAAGUUUGUUGGAUUGCUUUCCCAACCACAGUGCUAUAAGCCAAAAUGGAUGUAUGUUUGUUCUUAAAAGCCCUUGCUUACUUAGAUAAGUCAUGCUCUGAAAUGAAGAUGGGAUGCAGCUUUGGUUGGGUCAAUGCUCCUGCUGCUUCACUCACUUCUGGACUUCUCACUCACAGCUGCAUUGCCAUUUCCUAGGGUUCAGAAGUCACCAACCCAGUCCCAGCAGUGUUUUUCCCCUUGAAUCUCAGUAUUUGUUUUAAUAUCACAAGAUUUAAAAAUAAACAGGUAACAGAGAUAUUUUGGGGCCCGUCUCGGAAUUGUUUAGCAGCCGUAUGAGAGCUGCAUACACUGAGUUGCAUGAUUAAGUCAGGUAAAAAAUAAAACUAAUGCAAUCUUUAAGGGAUCAUUGGAAAGGGGAGGUUCUUGCUGGGUGGCUUGAGUAGGGUCUCGCUGUAAAAUCUCUGGAAGAGAAAAUAACCUGCUUUUCCAUCCCAUU